CAUCAGUGCUGGUGUGCGUGCGUGCGUGUGUGCGCGUGUGGUUGUGUGAUUUGCGCGCUAGCAUCGUUUUGACAGUUCUUGGCAAUCCUUGCUCACCCUAUAUUUACCAACAAAUGCUCACAAUCGCUUCACAAUGGAGGACGCGACUACGCUGAAAAUGGUGAAAAUUUGUCGAUUUUGUCUCUCGCAGGACGAAGAAUAUCUUAUCCCAAUAGCGGAAGCGCCAGACUUUUCGCUGGAGAUAGAGGAUGUAGCACGGUUCACCGGGAUAGACAUAAACGAGGACAACAAAACGGUGUACGCCAUGUGCUUGGAGUGUACGGAAAAUCUAAAACACACCGCCAUAUUCCGGGACACCUGCCUGGGCAAUGAUGCCCUCUUCCACGAGCUGUACGAUGCGAUGGUUUCCAGCGUGAAGGAAAUGUACGGCGAUACGAUUGAAUAUUUGGACAGCGAUUUCGAAGACUUUGCAGAGGAAGUGAAACCGGUGGAUACGGUUGAGGACGUUCCGAUGAAAAUUGAGAGUUUGACCAAAAUAGAGACUUUGGAGGAAAUUGAGAUUUUAGCGAGUCCACAGCAGAGACCAGAGCCGACCUUCAUUCAGCAGAAGCAUUGUCCGGUGGUACAACCACAGCUACCACAGGAGCAUUACCGUGCGUACAGUCCGCCAGCUGCUUCCUGCAUUAGCAAUGAUGAGUCGAUCGAGUAUGUGUUCGCCGACGACGACGAAAAUUUCGCCCACUCUGCCAACUACAUUGAAAUUGGUGAGCCAAUGUCCUACGAUGACCUCUGGAUGGUAGACUAUAAUGAGCCGCCCCGCCGUAAACGUAAACAGCGCGUCAAAAAAGGAUCGUUCGUGAAGCGAACGGAAGGCAUCCCGGAACCGCUGGUGAACGAUGGGUACGAGAUGGAACCAAUUUUCGCACCAAUGCCGACACCGACGCCGAAGGAGGACGACUGCUGGUUAUUGCAGGAGCGCCCACGCGUCAAAAGGAAGCGACACCUCUGCGAUGAGUGUGGUGCCUUGACGAACCAUCUGAAAAGCCACGUCCGGUACCAUCGGGACGAAAGGUUGGAAGUGUGCCCGCACUGUCCGGCUACGUUCAGGCACGUGUCCAAUCUACGAGGCCACAUCCAGCAGAUACACGUCAAAAAGAUAUGCAAAACAUGUGAAAUAUGCGGCAAAGGCUUCAUCCAUCACAAAACGUACCGAUAUCAUAUGCUUAACCACGCGAACGAGGGCAAAAGGUUCGAAUGCAAGGACUGCGGGAAAUCGUUCAGCAAUGAAAUAUAUCUGCGCGACCAUUACAACAGGCUACACAAUAUCACGAAGACACUUGUAGCUAGCGAUCCUGGAAGCUCGUAAACUCUGGCUCUAGUUAGUGUCGUGUGUGUACAAAACUCGAAUGAAGGAAUGAAAUAAAUUCAUUUGCCGUCAGUGAAUUACAAUCAUCGGGUUACGGUCAUUAGCAUAUACUAGGCAAUGCCAACUAUUGCCAAACAUAAUUGCUAUCUAGGUUCUGAUGAAUUGAAUUCUGCUGUAGAAUUACCCGUGGAAUCGUUCAUCCCGUGAUUUGGCCAUCCUUUUACGGCCAAGCUACACGUACCGGACGACAUCGGACGAUGUCAUAAAACGUAGGACCGCAGACAAGAGAUUCGCGUCGGGCCGGGCCGUGUCGGAUCACAGCGGGCCGAUUUUGUAUGGGAUUUGACAGUUGGCGUUAACAGAUUUAUGGCAUCGUCCGAUGUCGUCCGGUACGUGUAGCUUGGCCGUUAGGCUUUCGGUAACUGUGGUAGGCUAUGCUUCGUCUCAGCAGAACUUUGCUUCCUAGGCAUAGUAGCCUAUGCCUUCUGACAUAAUAAAUAGUUCUUAGUUAACCACAAAACGAGCAAGUUGGCGAGAAGAGUCUCUACUACCAGAAAACAGAUAUGAAAUUAAGAGCGAGACGUGGAACACUCUAAAAGCAAAAAUAAUAAACUGUGCAACAAACAUACUCCCACCACGUCGUGGCAACA